AUGGCUAGUUCUCCAGACUAUAAGGCCCUCUAUCUGAAGGCUGAGGAAGAGAGAAGAAAUGCAGAAGAAGAAAGGAGAUAUGCAGAAGAAGAAAGAAGAAGAGCAGAAGAGGAGCGGGACCAAGAAAGAGAACGAACGCGGCCAACGGCCUUCCUGGAGUUCCUUCACCUCUGCCAUACCCUCUUCUCAAUGUCCUUACGAGUUGGGCUGCCGUCUCGCUCUACAAAGGGGAAAAUUCCAGCACCUGUGGGGAAGUGUUGUCCGUUACAAGUUUUGCCCUGGGAAGACUGUGCUGUCAGACAACAGCAGAUUUACCGUUAUGUUUGCGCCUAUCUAGAACCUCAAUCACCAGAGCAACCUACGUCACGGCUGUUCACCCCGCGUCUUGCCCUAGAGGAGCUUGGGCAAGUAUUCGGCCGUAGGGCAUUGAGCAGUGAAAAGGAUCUAGAGGGCUACGAGCGAUAUGGGGUGGAGAACCAUGUUCAGAUAAUUAUCUCAGAGCUCUGCAAGAUACCAGCUGCUCGACAACAAUUUGGUCUGGGCGAUGGGGUGUGGUUUGACAAUCAUCCAAACGACCUUGACUCGGAAGCCAGUCAGAUCCAAACAAAGGAAGAUACUUGGCCCUCGAGGCCGGAUCAGUUUUGCAUUCACCGAGUUGAUGGUGAAACCAAUACUCUCUUGACAACAGUUGAGUAUAAGCCGCCUCACAAGCUAUCAGUUGAAAAUCUCCGUGCCGGGCUGCGACCAAUGCAGUUCUGGGAAGAGAUUGUGAGGCCUAAUUCUGUCCCAACAGAAGAGAAGGAGAAAUUAAAGUAUAAUGCGGCCUGGCUCACAGGUUCAGCUCUAGUUCAAGAAUACCAUGUGAUGAUUCAAGAGGGGCUGGAGUACUCCUAUUUGACUAAUGGGAUUGCAUUGGUCCUACUGCACAUUCCCUACGAUAACCCAGAAAUCUUAUACUACUAUCUCUGUGAGCCAAACAAGGAUAUCCGCUCUGAUAAUGAUAUUUCUCAGCAGCCCUUAACCUCCAUUGCGCGGGUGUUAUGUCUUUGUUUAAUGAGUUUUCGCUCCAUGGCCCGCGACCAAGCAUGGAGACAUAGCGCAAAACAACAAGUACCAGAGUGGAAGACAAAUUUUGAUCACACGCUCUCCCAGAUCCCGGAAUCAGAAUUCCGGCAAAACCCACCAGACUCAGAGUAUACUUCUCCAGAAAGUUCCGCGCAUGGAGCUUCAGAGUAUCUCCCGUCAUCCUCUUUUGAAGAACCUACCGAAGGAGAACCUACAGAAGAGCGUUGGAUGUUGACUCGGUCCCGGUCUCGAGCUCAGUGCGCGCCAAAUACGACCCAUCGUGGUGAAUCCCCAGAUUCUGAUAUAGAUACCGCCCCUGGUGGGCGGAAACGUGGCUUCAGCGAGAUAACGUCUUCAUCAUCCCAAUCCAUAGGAGGAUCGCCGAACCAGUCGGGUUCCCAGCAUAAUGAAAGUGGUGGCCGCUACCAACAUAACGCUCAAUUCUGUACUCAGAAAUGUCUGCUUGGAUUGAAACAAAGGGGCAAACUAGAUGAACGCUGCCCGAACGUUGAACUCCAUCGAAGAGACGGAAACGAUAAUCACCUAAUUGAUACCAUAUCCUUGGUUAAACUGAUCAAUCAGCAGCUCGAUAAAAAUCUUGACUUUAACUGCACGCCGAUGGGAGGCUGCGGAUCAACUGGAGCGCCUUUCAAAGUCACCUGCACCGCGUAUGGGUAUACCGUCGUAGGUAAAGGGACUACAUCCAAUCUCUGGGGCACAGUGUCCCGCGAAUCAGAGAUUUACCGCUUUCUAAAGCGGGCACAGGGGUCAGCGAUACCUGUGUUCCUUGGUAAAAUUGAUCUAGCUAUGACCUACUUCCUACAUGGAGCUGGAAGUAUCCGCCAUAUGCUACUCAUGGGCUGGGCAGGUAAACAUAUCGAUAGGGAAAAGUAUGACAAGGUAGUCAAGCGAGAAAUUUCAAGAUCUAAGAAAGAGAUUAUAUCCCUAGGAGUAUUACACCAGGACCUUCGGCUAGAAAACAUUUUGUGGAAUGCAGAGCUCAACCGGGCGCUAAUCAUUGACUUUGAAUAUUCUCAACUGGACCCGCGAUUCUUAACCAAGCGACCAAGGCAUCUGAAAGGCAAGCCUGCGUUACGGAAGAGAUUAAAUCAAAAGGAAGAGGAGGGCGGGCGAAAACGACUAUGUGUGGCCUAA